GGCAGCGGGAACCGCGAGCUCCCAGAAAGGUGAUUCGGUCCGUAACUUCUCUCCCUAGAGAGAGAAAGAGGGAAGAAAAAAGUCGUGAAUUGCAGGCAACACUGCGCUCCCACGCAGAGUCCGAGAGAGUACUGGUGGGGUCGCGACCACAACUGGGAGUGCUCAGAAGAACACAUCGGGUCAUCUGGGCAGCCAUGGCCUUGUCCGCCCGCCGCCUGUGUCACAUCGCCUUCCAUGUGCCCGCAGGGCAGCCCUUCGCCCGGGACCUGCAGCGCCUCUUUGGCUUCCAGCCCCUGGCGGCGCGGGAGGGGGACGGCUGGCGGCAGCUCGCCCUGCGCAGUGGAGAUGCGAUCUUCCUGGUCAAUGAAGGCGCAGGGCCCGGGCAGCCGCUGUACGGACUGGACUCCCGUCACGCCGUGCCCAGCGCCGCGAACCUGUGCUUCGACGUGGACGACGCGGCCAGCGCAGCCCGGGCACUAGCUGCGCGGGGCUGCCUCAUGCUGGUGUCCCCUGUGAGCUUGCGGGAUGCGCAUGGCGCCGCCACCUACACGGUGGUGAACUCCCCGGUCUCCAACCUCAGCCUGACGCUGCUGGAGCGCUCUGGCUACUGCGGGCCCUUCCUGCCGGGCUUUGGACCAGUGCCCUCGGAGCCUGGGCCCAACUGGGUCAGCCACGUGGACCACCUGACCCUCGCCUGCACUCCUGGCAGCUCCCCCAUUCUGAUGCGCUGGUUCCAAGACUACCUGGGCUUUCGCCAUCUGCCGUUGAGCCCAGGUGAGGAUCCAAUGGUGGGCCUAGAAGUGUCCGCCGGGGUUGGACGCGGGGGGCUGAGGCUCACGGCCCUGCAGACGCCGGUGGGCAGCGAUGUCCCCACCCUGGUAUUGGCUGAGUCCCUGUCAGGAGCCAGCAGUGGGAAGGACCAGGUGGAGCAGUUCCUGGACCAGAACCAGGGGCCUGGCCUGCAGCACGUGGGGCUGUACACGCUUGACAUCAUGGCAGCCACAGAAGGCGUGGCAGCAGCAGGAGGCCAGCUCCUGACGCCCCCCGAAGCCUAUUACCAGCAGCCUGGCAAGGAGGACCAGAUCCGAGCUGCAGGUCAGGAGCCCGGCCGGCUAGCCAGCCAAGGGAUCCUGCUGGAUGGGGAUCAAGGCAAGUUCCUGCUGCAGGUCUUCACCAAGUCCCUCUUUCCUGAGGACACUUUCUUCCUGGAGCUGAUUCAAAGGCAGGGGGCCACAGGCUUUGGCCAGGGCAACAUCAGGGCCUUGUGGCAAUCGGUGGAGGAUCAAGCUGCCAGGUACGGCCUAGCAGGGUGACUGGAGCCCAGGUGUACAUAAGCUAGUGGGCAGCCUGUGUGACCAGGUGUGACCCUGGCCUCAGCAGCCUGUCAGAAGUGGAAUCUCACCGGGGUCCAUGGGGGUGGGACCUUUUAGUUUUACUCCGAAACAGUUCUUAGACACUCAUCUGAAUGUAAAAUGUGAAGACUAAUAAAAGAAUCACACGAUUAGGGACUGGAUCAUAAUCCAUCCUUUAAAAAAAACAAAACACUUUGUUGUAGUUUGUGAAAGUCUUCCAUGUAUCAGUUUGUGUUGUAGUCUGAUGACCAUC